CGCACUACGCACACUCUACGCACAACACUCACGCGAAUGUACACCUCUUACAGAGGUUUACCCCUGCGAAGCGAGAGCUGGAUGACAAUAAGCAGGAUUGGCUGUCAAUGAAAUCGUCAUUAGUCGCCAUUGCGUGGAGAAGAUUAAACUAAGCAAGUUGUAUUUAUUUCUGUUCAGUCCAUCAGCAUCGUCUCAACUAUUAAGUUUUAAACAGAGCGCUCGCUAUUACGUUACUGCUUCAAAUGGCGCCCCGGGGAAAUACGUCAAUCUUAAAGUGACAACAAAAAUACAAGUUAUCACCGCCCUAUUACAUUCGUCUAACAUCAAAGCCAAGGCAAAAACCUCCAUUUUGAAAUCCCGCAUUUCCUAUCAAUGACUGCUAACAUGGAUAUUUCACCAUUAAUUGAAGUUAGUGAUGAAGGAACAGGAACAGGAACUAAUUCCCUAUGUUCUUCUGAUUCAACUGGCAGUCGAGAAGAUACGUGUCUGGAAGGUGAAAGCACUUUUCUACUACGAAAACAUGGGAAACAAAGAAAGUCAAGAACAGCACGACAAAAUGGAUUGACGGUACCUCAAGCUACGUUCUUCAUAAUUGCUGAAAUUGCAGGAAGUGGUCUACUGACAUUACCAAAAGCUAUUGAAGAUGCAGGUUGGUUGGGCAUUCCAUUGGUUAUUAUCUGCUGUGUUACCUGUGCCUACACUGGAAUAGUUCUCUCCAAAUGCUGGCGUAUCUUCCAAAGUCGAAUUCCAGAUGAACAGAGUAUACGCCAAAAUCGAUACCCUUACCCAGCACUAGCAAAAGCAACUUUCGGAAAAUAUGGAGGAUUUGCAAUAUCCAUCAGUGUGAACUUUACUUUGUUUGGUGGUUGUGUUGUCUUCCUAUUACUUGCUGCCAACAACAUACAUAAAUUUGUCGAGCAAGUAUAUUUUGAGAAAGAAGUCUCCUACUGUUUUAUUCUCUUACUUCUUGCUGCCUGCUUGCUGCCAGUCUGUUUUUGUGGAACUCCAAAAGACUUCUGGGUAAUACCAAUUAUAGGAAUGUCUGCUACGAUAAUCAGUAUGUUCCUUCUUCUUGCUGUGAUUCUUAUGGAUGUUCCUGACCUGAUAAAUCAACCUGUAGAACAUAAAACUACAACAAUUAGGACAUUUGCAUCUUCCUUUGGUAUCAUCUGUUUUGCUUUUACUGGUCAUUCUCUUUUCCUAACUGUCCAAUCUGAUAUGAAGGUCAGCUCAGAUUUUAAUAAAUCUCUGAUGUUUGGAUAUAUGGGAAUAUUGUUGAUUUACUUACCUGUACCAAUGGCUGGCUAUUUACUUUAUGGUGCCAAAUUAACCCCUAACAUUUUAGAAACUAUUUCCACGGGACCUGUCCUACAUGUUGUACAAGUGACUUUCACAUUUCAUAUCUUGAUGGCAUUUAUCAUCUUAAUGAACCCAAUCUGUCAAGAACUAGAAGCAAAACUGAAAAUAUCAGCAAAUUUUAAUAUAAAACGAAUCAUGUCUCGAAGUCUAGUGAUGCUAUGUAUUGUUUUCAUUGCUGAAACUUUUCCUGAUUUUGAUUCAAUUCUUUCACUAAUUGGUGGUUCAGCAAUCACUGUUCUUACCUUCAUAUUUCCUUCAAUAAUUUAUCUGAAAUUGGCUCCAAUGAAAGGUGACUGGGAACCUAUUUACAUUCCACUCCACAUCCGUGUACUGAAUUACGAGAUUAUCUUGAUAGGGCUGAUAACAGCAAUUUGGGUUACAUAUAUGUCAGCUGAAAAAAUUGUUUUGCAAACUUUCCAUUCUCCAUGUUGGCUUAGAUUUAAUCACACUGUCUAAUAUCAUUUCCAUAUAUAUUUUUAUAUUUUCUUUUUAGGAUUUUUUUUUUCUGGCCUUUUAUAUUUUGAAGUUACCAAAAGAAAUUAAAAAAAAAAAAAAAAGAAUCCGCUUCAUAAAAAAUAAAAAAUAUAAAAUCCAUAAAACAUGGAGAUAUUCUGCUACUAAAAUGAAAACAAUUAAUAUCUAAAGAUACUCAUGUAUCUGAAAUUCUUCUAACAAAGAAUAUUUAUUCUAUAAUCUUGAAAAGAUAAACUGCUUAUUAUGUGUAUAU